AAAAUGGUAGCGUUUUCUUUAGGCAAAAAAUAAUAAGCCCAUUAAAAAUGCUUGUAUCUCUUUUUAUAUUUAUAUUAGAGUGAAAUGACAACAAGAAACAAGUUACCAACCCAAAACGAAUUAACUAAAACCUUUCAACCGCUGUAAUGCGCAGUCGCCAAACUUCCUCCAUUCCAUUCUUCUUUCAUCCACCGUAAUCCCCACCCCAAUCCGUAUUACCUUUUUUUUUUUUAUUUUAGUUUGAUUUGUUUGAGUUUCGAGGACGCGUUGUGUGGUGCUGUCGAAAAACACGGAAAUUCACGUGGAUUUUCACGCGAAAAGCGCGGAAAAACUUUUGGUAAACACGCAAUACACUUUCUGCACUCAGUUUAGAGCGGUUUCAGUUAGUUUUUUAGUGAUAUAAGUGCCUCGUCUAUACACUGGUAAACAAAAACAUUAGAACAUGGAUUAAUAAAACUGUUGAACAACUUUUAUUUUUGUUUUUCAUCACUGGAACUGGAAUUUAUACAGGGCCCCUAGAUGAUCGGGGGCACCAACAACGAUCGCAGGGCUCUCGAAAGAGAGGCCCUGCGAAACGUCAUCAAUCAAUGGAACGCCAAUCGUUUGGAUUUGUUUGAACUUUCCGAACCCAACGAGGAUCUGGAGUUCCAUGGUGUAAUGCGUUUCUACUUCCAAGAUUCCGGUCAAAAAGUCGCCACGAAAUGCAUACGAGUAGCCAGCGACGCCACAGUUGAAGACGUCAUCGGUACUUUAGUGGAAAAAUUCCGGCCGGACAUGCGCAUGCUCAGCAUACCGAGCUAUGCGCUGUACGAGCUUCACGAAGGAUGCGCAGAACGGAAAAUGACGCCUGACGAGAAGCCUUUGUUGGUUCAAUUGAAUUGGCACGUGGACGACAGAGAAGGGCGGUUUUUGUUGAAAAAUGUUGAUGACAAAACGGUUGGUUCAAUGGGUUCUCUAGACUCAAACGCAAGCUUUAGAAGAAAACUAUCCAAACGCGAAAAGAAACAAUUGAAAAAGCAAGAAAAAUUAUCGAGAAUGAAAAGCGCCAACGGUGAUAUGAACGGCCAAGAUAAUGUAGCGGAAAAAUUGUACCACGAGCUUCCAGAAACCUCUUUUACCAGGUCAAUAUCGAAUCCGGAGGCUGUCAUGCGGCGGAGGCGUCAACAGAAACUGGAAAAAAAACUGCAACAGUUUCGGUCGAAAGAUGGCGGGCCUGAUACAGGGGGGACUUUGAAAAUUUACGGAGAGGCUCUGUGUAAAGACGUACCCUAUAAAACUUUGCUUUUAUCAGUAAGAGAUUGUGCUGGGGCGGUAGUACGGGAGAUGUUGGAUAAAUAUGGUAUAAUCAGAGGAGAUCCAACACAAUUUUGCUUGGUGCAAGUGACACAGCAACCUGGAAUACCUGACACAGAAUAUGUACUGGAUGACGAUGAAUGCCCUUUGAGUAUAUUGAUGACUGCUCCAAAUACUGGUUCCAUAAUGUUCCAUGUACGAAGGCGACCGGCCGAUUGCGCGCCGCGCAAGCGGAAAAAGAAACCUUUAGGCGGAGUGAGGGGCGACCAAAGGGGCGACUUACCUUUUCUCAUGGAAUUGGGUCCCGAAGGCCAAGCACCACAUCCUGGUGAUACUAAUAAGACUUUGAGGCUUGUCAAUGAUGUCAUGGAGGUCGGUUCAGCCAACGGUAUAGCCCUGCAGCUGUAUGGUCCUCACAUUCAGCCCCGGCAUUGCGUCAUAACCAAUGCCGAAGGUGUGACUUCAUUGACGCCAUGUCACGCUGACGCUCACACCUAUGUCAACGGACAGCGGAUACAUCAAACCACCAUUUUGACUAAUGGUAGUCUGGUCAAGUUUGGGAAUAGCAAUACAUAUAGAUUUGUUGAUCCAACUCAUGAAGAUAGAACAAGACACCCUUUGGGAAGCAUAGACAACCAAACAAGGAUAUAUGAGAGCCGAUCCCCUCGUACACUUAGUCCUACACAAGGCUCUAGAGAAAACAUUGAAACCACUUUUGACAUUGACGGAAAUGUUGAAACCGUUUCCACCCAUAGCGGCGCUAGAGAGGAUAGUAGAUCCUUAGGAUCCGAUAGUAGAUCGGAAAAUAGAUUGAGUGGCAUGGAUCGAUAUCCUAGAGGCCAAGAUCCAAUUCUACCAGCGGUCCUAGAAUUCCCAGAAGACCCCCAAGAGCAAUUUCUAGCUAGAGUUAUUACACAUCUUGACGUCACCACACCUACUUUCAGGCUAGCACCAGCCUAUACCCUUUAUUUAUGUGCCAGAUACCGAGCGUCAACUCAUUAUAGACCAGAACUCACCCCAACUGAGCGGGCUCAUAAGCUCACUCUACUACUACAACAUGCGGCCAUGUUAAUACGUCAUACAGUUCAGGAUAGGAGCACAGAAAGUACUUCUCAAGCUUUCUGGCUGGCCAACGCUAGUGAGCUGUUGCAUUUUUUGAAAAGUGACAGGCACGUUAGUGCGUUUUCAUUGCAGGCUCAGGACACGUUAGCUGAUGCUGUCCAAUUAUCAUUUAAGAAUCUAGUUGCAUGUUUGACAGACGAACUCAAUUCUGGAAUGGCCUAUUUGAUGUCCGUUACUGGAGAUGACCAUCCUAGGGAAGUAAUCAAUAUUCUUAGUGGAGCAAUGAAUUUAUUAAGAAAGUGUAGAGUGAAUGCUGCAUUGACAAUACAGCUCUUCUCUCAAUUAUUCCAUUGGAUCUCGGCGAAAGCCCUAACAAACGUCAUCUCUAACGGUAACUUGUGUACCAGAAAUUUUGGCAACAAAUUGGCGAAUCGCCUACGUAACCUGCAAGCUUGGGCAGAAUCUCAAGGCCUAGAAUUAGCUGCCGAAUGUCAUUUGGCUAAAAUAGUCCAGUGCGCCCAUUUAUUGCAGGCAAACAAAUUUACACCCGACGAUUUGGCCAAUCUAAGUGCGGCUUGUUUCAAGUUAAACUCGAUGCAACUUGGUGCUUUGUUGAUGCAAUACAAAGCUGAACAAGGUGAAAAAAUCGCAUCGCCAUCUCUUCUGGAACAAGCCUCAAAAGCUGCCGAAAGCGUUGCGGACGAAUUGGCGCGCGCAGAAGGGCGAGAGGUGACUUUGUACGAAGAUCCCGCUCCGCCGCUGCAACUACUUCUACCUGACGAUGGAUUUAGCUGUGAUGUUGUACAGGGCGUGCCUCCAGGUCUCGCGGACUUUUUGCACCCCCUACAAAGUGCAGGUCUUUGUAGAUUGGCCGCCCAACCCACCAGUUCUGGACAUUGGACUGUUUAUAUGAACGCUCCCAGGCCUCCCAGUGCUAUGAGUAGUACUCAACCAGAGGUCCAAGUUAUUCGUCUUCACAAAGCCGGAGGAGGUAUGGGCUUGUCAAUAGUUGCAGCUAAAGGAGCGGGACAAGAACGUCUAGGAAUAUACAUCAAAUCCGUGGUACCUGGUGGCGCUGCUGACAGAGAUGGAAGACUGGCAGCUGGAGACCAACUUUUGUCUGUGGACGGCCAAUCACUGUUGGGCAUUACUCAGGAAAAAGCUGCUGAGUUCCUGGUUAGAACCGGGAAUGUUGUCACGUUGGAAGUAGCUAAAGGUGGCGCUGUGUAUCACGGUUUGGCGACUUUGCUUCAACAACCUAGUCCCACACCACAUAGAGGCCCCAGACGAAUGUCUGAACGUGACCUGCCCUCUCGAGUCGAAGCAGAACGCACCAUCCCCUCCUCAAAAUCAGUCCCCGCUUUGCACCAAAUCCAUUCACCCACCCAAGAGCAACCCAGAGCUGUUGGAAGUCAACCGAAUAAUUUUUUGGCUGAAGGUUACAGUAGAACAUCGUCAAACAAUAGCAUAAACACAAAAAGCCGUUCCACACACAAUUUAAAUCAGCAACAACAACAACAGCAGCAGCAGCAAGACAAUGGCGGCUUUUAUCAGAACCUUAGCGUUUAUAGAAAUAAAAUUCCUAGCCCUCAGCAACAACAACUUGGUGAUAGAACAUCCGCUUUGCGUUCCUCACAAAAUUCCUUGCAAUCCUCUGUAAUGUCUCCUCCUGUCAAUUCCCAACAAAGACCUUCCUCAGCUUAUUAUCCCACCAAUCAAACUUUUAAUCGACCCAAUUUGCACCAAUCAAUUCCCAAUUUAAAAAGUCCGCCUUCGAUGCAACGGCUACAGCAAGAGGGACUUGCUGGAAGUUAUCCGAAUGUUGCACCACAACAACAACAACAAUUUUAUGGGCAACCUCAAACUCUUGUCAGGCAACCACAACAACAACAAAAUUACUCUGAGGAAGUCAGACCUCAGUAUAACCCGUCCAAUCAGCCCUACCCAUCACCAACACAUAAUAACACUCAAAAUUAUGCCCAAGCAAAUUAUAAUGGCAUUAAUAAUUAUUCACAAGGACAUCAAUCGAAGUUUGAGGAAAGAGUUGAUAGUCAAAGAAGUUAUGCAGCACAAAACACUGGCCUCUUACGAGAGGACGUUUUCAGGCAUUCUCAAGGUGCUAGACAUGAUGAAAUGAUGCGGUAUCCGAGUACUAAUAAUGUUAGAAUAUCUGAGGCUCAGAUACAAAAUAGUAGGGGCAGUGAAGAGCUUAAUAGGCACCAAGAAAUGAGAAAUUCGAAAAGCGACGACACAAUAAAACACCACACACACCAAGGCGAAAUGUUACGAUACGCCAGCAGUGGUAAUAUUAGAGCUCACGAUAUUAAUCAGCCUAUAAGACCUUCAGCUCAAGAACACCUCCAUCAGCACCGUUUAAGCAAUGAAGAAAGAUUGCUGAGAGGACAAGCAAAAUUAGCUGAAAUGGGCGAAGAAGUGCGAAGACGCCAACAACAUCAGCAGCAGCAGCAGCAACAACAAAAUCGACUUUUAAAUCAAAUACCACCAAACACUUACUAUCAACAACAGCAACAACAGCAUUAUUACAACAGUCAAAUGGCUCAGUCCAUGCAAAACUUAUCCAUAAAUCCUCACCAGAGCAAUAACUACAACCAAAACUACAAUACCAUUCACCACUCGGGGCCUACUUCUCCAGGAUAUAGAGGACAAAAUAAACCUAUAAAGAAGGAAGAACCAACUCCUGCACUUCCUCCCACCACUACUCAUCCUCUUUACUCACCUACAUCACCUGAGCCAACAGCUACUUACACAGCAUCAAAUCAGGACCUACCCAAAAUGGCAUUAUACCCAAUGUCUCCAUUAGCAACCAAUAGUAAACCUCCUAGCAGAGAUCCUUGGGCACGGGAAGAACAAGAAAGACAACAAGAGGCAAGAAGAGAAGUGUCUAGACAAUGGCAAGAACAACAAAUUCGUGAAUUGAUGUCAUUGCCCUAUAGAACACCACAGCAAGAAGAACAAUUGAGAGUUUUGCAGUUGGAAAGGGAAUUCCAACGGAGAGCUCAGGAAGCUGCCGGAGAAGACGAUGAUGAGACUGAAAAGGAUUCUCCAACUCUCCACAUGCCUCAACCGGUCCCCAGUCAAACAGUGAUCAGUACAGUUUCUUCGACCACAGUCUCGAGCAGACAAGAACCUACACAACCACCUCCGCCGUCAAUUUUGAAACCAGGAGCCAACAAUCCAGCUCCACCUUCUAUGACGAAUAAUAUUUCCCGAGAAAAUCAUAUGAUCAAUCAGCGGCCGCCUUCUCCUGUGGAAUAUAUUGCUGCUCCUCCGCCACCAGAAAGGGGCUCUAGUUUUGCUAUAAUGUCAAUGCGUGCCAAAGAAACUGCAGGAAAAAGAGUCUCGUUUGAAUCAGUUUCUACACAAAAUAUAACUCAAACACCACCUCAAAUUCCCACCAGUUUAGCAGUAAAGGAAAAUGUAAGGGAGGAUCCAAAUAGCUUCAUUCGACAAGCAGAAUCUAUGUUGGCAUCACCCACAACGCCUACCGACGGCAGUCUGAACGUCGCGACAGCUACCCCAGGUGUAAUUGGUGCGCAAGAAGUGUACAGAGACCCACGAACCCGGCGACUGGCCGAGCAACAGAAGAAGAGUCAAAACGAAGCCACUCCAGUGCCUGAAAAGCUGAGUUUCAAGGAGAAAAUGAAAAUGUUCGCAAUGGAAACGGGCGAACAGGAAACUCCAAAAGAUAAGAGUAAAAUUAGUAGGGCGCAAAGAGAAAUUGAUAAUAUUGGGUCGCCGCAGCAAAGUUCAGGAAUGGUCCAUUAGAGGGCCCAGCAGCUAUAAAUAAAUGUAAGAUAUAAUUUUGUUUUCAGUAUUUCCAGCUGAAGAAGUUGAGUCGUUUCUAAGUUUGUUGGCAACAGCUCCUGGAACGAAUUGAUAUACAAUUGUAACUUUGGAUGAUACAAGUUGCACAACCAAAUUCUACAAAACUGCUAAAAAUUAUAAGGAAUACGUAAAAAAGGAUCCAGGAGAUGUUGCCAUAUAAAUUUGUGUUAUUUAUUUUGAAAAAGCUAACUCAAAUUGAGGCUAAAAUACUUUGAAGAUGAUCUAUUGGUCUCAUAUUGAAUUAUUAGGUAAGGACAAAAUUUUCUAACAGCUAACAUAUCUUAGAACAGACAAUUGACAGAAUAAGUAAUUGAUUGUGAUACGUGGGAUCAUAAAUUAUUGAUCGAUAGGAAUGAAAAGUAACAUAAAAUAUCUUUAUCUGUAUUUAAAACACCAAAAGUUUUUGUUUUAUUUUACUAUGAAAGAAGGUGCCUAAAAUGACUUUAUCUUGAAGGGACCUAAUAGAAAAAAAUUGAGCAGCCGCUCCUUUAAAUUGAAUUAGAUUAAGAGUAUAUAAAUAUGAGAAAGAAGCUGUAGAUGGACCAAAAAUUAGAAAAUAUAUUUAUUAUUAAACUACAUAACUUUCGUACCCUAUUACCGUCCAUGCUUGAGACCACAAAAAAUUUAUCCUUUUUAGAAUUUUGUGUGUUUGUUUUUUGGACUGAAUACUUUUAAAAAUGACCACUUUCAAUAAAACUACAACUCUAUACUUUGUCUUAUGCUAGAGUCAAUAUUUAAAAUGGAAAUAGACUGGCAUCCGAGUUUUGCAUACAAACUGUUUUUUUUUAAACUUAUUUCAACAAAAAAACUCAGUCCAAAAAUACCCUAAUAUAGAACGUAGUGGCUUAAAAAUUAUAGUUUAAAAAUUGAAAUUUUAUAGUCUUGAAAAAAUUAUAUAUUAUGUAGUAGUAAAAUUAAGAUUACUUCAAAAACAAACAGAGUAUUUUGAAAUGUCUUCUUCUCUAACCUGUUAUACUUGAUAAGCAAUAUAUCUUUGCACUUAAGGACCAAUAUUAUUACUGGAACUGAAAAUUCUAUUAAAAACAUUUACAUAUUUACACUUUAUUUAUUAUGAAAGAAAAUUUGAGAAUUAUGCUGCUCAAAUUUGUAAUUACAUAUUGCAUUCCUUGCAUUCUCUCUAUUAUUGCAGCAAUUUUGAUCAUUUUUGAUUUUGUGAUUUCCAUGUUGGGUGUUGGAACACACCUAUUGUAAAAAUACAAGCUUUAUUUUUUACGUAUUAUUAAUGGUUAAAGUUUCACUUUAUUAAAAUACAUAUAUUAAUUAAGCAAUAUUAUUUUAUUGUAUUUAUGUCGGAGAAAAAUAAUUAAAUAAUUUAGCAGAGUUGUGUAUAUAAACAAAACAAAUAUUAAGAGAAAAUGUAUAUUGUACUAAAAGUAGUAUAAUUAAAUAAGUUUCUGUCUGUUUAUGAUUUAGGCAAAUUAUUAUAUUGUAUAAGCAAAAUUAUGAUCUGUUAAAUUAUGUAUUAUUAUUAUUAUUAUUAUUGUCUAUUUCUUUCAAAUAAAAUU